AUGAUUGUCAUGAAAUGGCUGACAGUCGUUGAACGCACCACAAGUAGGCGGGGUUCCGUGUCUUCAGCCAAUCACAGACGCGCUCCGGAAAGCCCGGUUCAAACGUUGUUUUUCAAAUUCAAACCAGGGAAGACUGCGCACGAGACGCACGGAAGUUUGUGUUCUGCAGGUUUCAGAAUGUCCCGUCUACCAGUAAUGUCAAAUAAAAGGGUCCUUGGCAGCAGCAGCGCCUCUGACAAUGUCCAGGACCAUGCACCACCUCAGAAAAGAACUCGUAACGAUGGUGCACCCUCUAAACCCCAGGCUGCAGCAACGGUCAUUAUGGGGGGAAGGCCUGUUCCCUCCACAAGACCCAAUGUUUCAAAACCUCUGAGAAGUACAGGGGCUGCGACUGUGGCCGCUGGACCAUCUAGAGGAGCUUUAAGGCCAUCAGCAGCUUCGAUGGCGCCAAAGGGCACUAAUGUUAAAGCAUCAACUGGAGCCAAGGCCGCUGGAGGCCCAAAACGAGCGGCCUGGGAUCUUAAGGGAAGAGUGGCUGAUAUGGAGCAUAAACUCAACAACUAUCAAACAAAAGUAAAAUCGGUGAAUCAGGAGAAUGAAGAAUUGAAAGGAUCGGUGGCCAUCACACGACAGAGGGUAAAUCAGAUGGAAAAGGAAUUGGAGACUUUGAGGAAACAAAACAGUGAGUUUCAAAAAGAACUAGAAGGUGUUUACGGAGUCAGAGAAAAACUUCAGGAGGAACUCGAACAAGUGACGACUGAAAGAAGCACACUGCAGACGAAUCUGAGUCACUUGGCAGAGAAAUAUAAAAUCACAGAGACACUUCGCGAAAGCCAAGAGGCCGAGCUUCAGACUCUUAAAUUGAAGCUCUCCGUCCAGGAUUCGACUCUGGCCAGACUACAGCAGAACCUCGCAGUAGCGGAGGAGGAAGUUCGGACCCUAAAAGAGACUGUGUCCGAGCAGAAGGAAGAACUUUACUCCGGAGAAAUGGAACGACGCAAGCUCCACAAUACAAUCCAGGAGCUGAAGGGUAACAUCAGAGUAUUCUGCAGAGUCCGCCCUCUGCCUGAUGGCAGUCUGAGCAAGCACAUACAUCUUGCGUCUGAUGACAAGACUUCCAUCAGUCUGGCAAAAACUGAAGAGUCUCACACCGGCAAAGUCACUGACACACAGAGGAAUUACAAUUUUAGUUACGACCGGGUGUUUGGCCCUCUGGCCUCACAGCAGGAGGUGUUCGAGGAAAUUUCUCUCCUGGUGCAGUCCGCCCUGGACGGCUACAAUGUGUGCUGCUUUGCUUACGGGCAAACGGGAAGUGGCAAAACCUACACCAUGGAAGGAGAGGAGUGCCAUGACUCUAGAGGUGUCAUUCCCAGAGCAGUGCAGCAGAUCUUUAAGGCAUCGGACAAACUCUCCACACAAGGCUGGGAGUUUUCCUUCACAGCAAGCUUUGUGGAGAUCUACAACGAAACCCUGAGGGACCUCCUCUACAAGGGCAAAGCUGACAAAAGACCAGAGCACGAGAUCCGCAAAUCCAGCGCCAACGAUCUGACAGUUACCAACCUUACAUACGAGGAGGUUUCGUGUGAAGAUCAGGUCCUUGGUUUGAUCGCUUUGGCGAAUCGCAAUCGCUCUACGGCACACACAGCACAGAAUGACCGCUCUUCUCGCUCUCACUCCGUCUUCAGGCUUGACAUCAAAGGAGUGAACGCCGGGAGGGAUGUGAGAUGCAAAUCUGCUCUGUGCCUGGUGGAUCUGGCUGGGAGCGAGCGGCUGGUGAAAAGCCAAUCGACAGGCGACCGGUUCAAAGAGAUGACGGCAAUAAACGGCUCCUUGUCCAACUUGGGCAUCGUCAUAUCUGCUCUGGCCAACAAGGAGAGCUUUAUUCCGUACAGGAAUUCCAAACUGACCUAUCUCCUGCAGAACUGUCUGGGAGGAAACAGUAAAACUCUGAUGUUUGUCAACAUUGCCCCGGAGUCGGACAGUUUCGGGGAGACGCUGAACUCCCUUCGUUUUGCCAGUAAAGUGAACGACUGCGUCAUUGGGACAGCCAGUGCCAACAAAAAGGGACGUGUCCGUCUGCAGUUGCGGCUUUUGAUUGAAACCGAUUUGUCCAAAGAUGAAGCGCAGAUUUCAGCGCCAGUUUCCACUGACAGCGCAGUCUGCCACAGGCCUCGAUGUGCGCGUCUUUUAGCCGUUGUGCCGUUGAUUAAAGCGCGCUCAUGGAGGUGGGCAGCAGCAGUGACUUCAGUCCUGGACAGUCUGAACCAUCAGCGGGAGCAGGGGCAGCUGUGUGACCUCUCCAUCCACGUCCAAGACCACGUGUUCAAGGCCCAUCGCUGCGUGUUGGCCGCCUCCUCGCCAUACUUCCACGAUCAGGUGCUUCUGAAAAACAUGUCGACGGUCUCCAUCCCGGCGGUGAUGGACCCUCUGGCCUUUGAGAGCGUCCUGAGCUGUGCCUACACGGGGCAGCUCCGCAUGCUCCGCGACGACAUCGUCAACUACCUCACGGUGGGCAGCGUCCUGCAGAUGUGGCACAUCGUGGACAAGUGCACAGAGCUGCUGAAGGAGGGCCGGGCCGCUGGAGCUGGCUCGGCCCCAAACGAAGACGCUAGAGUGCUUGCGAACCCAGGAUGUAGCAGCAGCAACGGGAGCCUGCGGGCUGUGAGCGGGGCAGGGGCAGAGCCAGGAGCCUCAGAUAAUUUCCAGCGGACAAACCUGUGCAGUCACCCAUCUCUGAGCGAAAGCCAGUCUCCCAGCAGCACCAACUACUUCAGCCCCCGGGACGGCAGCGGCUUUGGGGGCAACGUGGCGGCAAUGAGCGCCACGCCAGGCUCCAGCCACACUCCCAGCUACUGCACAGCGUCCGGAGGAGAAGACGCAUUUCUCAUCGAAGAAGAAGAUGAGGAGGAGGAAGAGGAGAUCCUGUAUCACCAAAGGAAGAGGCCCAGAGUCGGAGGCAGCGCGCGCAGGAAGAAAGCCAACUCUAUGUCGGAACAGGAAGUUGGGGUCAGCGAUAGUUUCGGUGUCUCGUCAUAUCAGGACGGAGAGGAGCAGAAGCGGCCCACGUACUCGCAGCCCAGCAUCAUGCCUCGGAAACAGUGGGUGGUGGUGAAGACGGAGCGCACAGACGACGACCUCAUCGUGGUGUCAGGGGAGGAGGCGGGAGACGAUGAAGAGGAGGAGGAAGAGGCUGAGGCCGAGCUGUCGAGGGAAAAGAACGACUUCAACAUCUCCAACGUGCGAACUCUGUCUGCGGAGCUCGGCAACAGAAGCGAACAUGACUCAGAGUCACAGGCGGACUACUGCCCGACCCCGGAGGACUACCUGAAGUUUGAGGGCAGCCUGAUGGACCAGUCGCUGGCACAGAUGCAUGACAGCACCCCGGCGCAGAGCUCUAACCGCACCGUGUCGGCGCUGCUGCAGUCCGCGGCCUCGGCCCGCGCCCUCUUCCCCCUGGACAUGCAGGGGAACCAGCUGCUGCUCUACAGCCAGGCCUCAGGACUCUCCAUGGACUCUGCAGCGCCCGCUCUGGGGCCGACUCUCGGGAUGCCUGGUGGAAUGAUCCCGUGCUUUAAGUCCUCUGAGCACGGUGCGGCGCAGCUCGCUCUUCAGGACGGCGCAGACGGCGGCUGCAACAGCGGCGCAUCGUCUGGUAAAGUCUUCAUGUGUCACUGCGGCAAAACCUUCACCCACAAGAGCAUGCGCGACCGCCACAUCAACAUGCACCUGGACCUGCGGCCGUUCCACUGCCCCGUCUGCUCCAAGAAGUUCAAGAUGAAGCACCACCUCACGGAGCACAUGAAGACGCACACCGGACUCAAGCCCUACGACUGCUCCGGCUGCGGCAAGAAGUUCAUGUGGCGGGACAGCUUCAUGAGGCACCGCGGCCACUGUGAGCGCAGGGGCGAGGCGGGGGAGGGCGAGGCGGUGCGAAGGCUCUCUGAAGAUGGCCCUGAACUCAUGAUGGCCGCGUCGCAUCUGGCGCUGACCGAGUCGGGGGGCAGAGCAGCGCACGGCCUCAGCGGAAGCAUGGGGAGCGUGGGGCAGGGUCACGGUGGGUUUGAGGGUUUGGCGAUGGGCCGGAGCACGUGUGAGGAGGACGUGUGCGAAGUGGAUCAAAGUAGCGUGACUUGA